AUGGCGACUUCACCUUUACCGUCUCACCAUACCAAGGAUAUUGGAGGAUCAUUUAUUCACAGUUAUGGCACCAAAGUCUUCUUGAGACCCCGAUUGGACAUGGUCCAAGAUGCGGUUGCACAGUCGCGAUUCAACGAAAAGAAAUGGGUCUGGGUAGAGGAUAUACACCUAGGCUAUGUUGCGGCACACAUUUUAAAGGAAGAGAGAGACUUGGUUCAAGUUGAACUAGAGAAUGGAUCUACAGCAUUUACAUCACCCGACAAAAUAUAUCCUAUGAACCCACCAAAGUUCGACAAGGUGGACGAUAUGGCUGACCUAACAUUUCUCAACGAGCCGUCAGUAAUUUACAAUCUUGCUAUGCGAUACAAGUCUAACAUGAUUUAUACCUAUUCGGGACUCUUUUUGGUGGCUAUUAAUCCAUACCGCCAUUUGCCUAUUUAUGAAGAAGACUGCCUACAGGCGUACAAAGGACGAAGAAGGGGUGAAAUGGCUCCUCAUAUUUACGCUGUCGCAGAUCAAGCCUACCAUGAUAUGGUCAGAGACAAAGAAAAUCAAUCAAUACUAAUCACCGGUGAGUCUGGUGCAGGAAAGACAGAAAACACAAAAAUUGUUAUUCGAUACCUCACUACCGUCGCGAGCGAACAUACCAAAAACGAUGCUACCAACCACAAUGCUGAUCGACUUGGUCAACAGAUACUGAGAGCAAAUCCAAUUCUUGAGGCCUUUGGUAAUGCACAGACUAUCAGAAAUAAUAAUUCUUCUCGAUUCGGUAAAUUCAUUCGGAUUGAAUUCAACCAAAGAGCCCAGAUUUGUGGUGCAAAUAUUGAGUGGUAUCUACUAGAGAAAUCUAGAGUUCAUCAACAAUCACCAAAGGAAAGAAGUUAUCAUGUAUUCUACCAACUACUUAGUGGAGAUAAAGAGACAAAAGAGAAACUCUUGCUAGGAAGUAGUAAGCCAUCCGAUUAUGGAUUUACUAAAGGAUCAAAUCACGUUAUUGAAUCAGUUGAUGAUGCAGAGGAAUAUCGUAAACUAUUGGAUUCUUUAAAUAUCAUGGGUCUAUCUUCUAAAGAGCAAAUGGAUCUCUUUCUUAUUGUGGCCGCAGUUCUUCAUUUGGGAAAUAUUUCUGUUACUAAAGAUUACCGAGGAGAUCGUGCUGACAUUCGUGAUUUUGCAGCCGUAGAGCGCGUCUGCCAUUUGCUUGGGAUCCCUGCACAGGACUUCAAGAACAGCCUUUUAUCUCCCCGUAUUAAAGCCGGUCGUGACUGGGUUAAUCAAUCAAAGUCACCUAGUCAAGUAAUGUCUAGUUUGGAUGCUCUUGCCAAGGCAUUAUAUGAACGUAACUUUGCCGCUUUGGUCGAAAGAAUCAAUAAAGCAAUCGAUGCUCAGAAAUCGAUAGAUAAGAUUGGAUUUAUUGGUGUACUAGAUAUUGCCGGAUUUGAGAUCUUUGAGGUCAAUAGCUUUGAGCAAUUGUGUAUCAACUAUACCAAUGAAAAGCUCCAGCAAUUCUUUAAUCACAGUAUGUUUGAACUUGAGCAAGAAGAGUACCAGAAAGAGAAAAUCGAAUGGAGUUAUAUCGACUUUGGUCUCGAUCUACAACCUACUAUUGACCUUAUUGAAAAAACUAACGCAAAAGAAUGUGUUGCUCCUCGUGGUACAGAUAGUCGGUUUUUGGAAAAGUUAGACAAGGUCUGGGAUAGUGGAGAUCCAGAACAAAAAUACAAGAGUACCAGAUUUAAGGACGGGUUUGUGGUUAAACAUUAUGCUGGAGAUGUUGAGUAUUGUACAACUGGCUGGAUUGACAAGAACAAAGACCCUUUGAACGAAGAUAUCACACGCCUGCUAGCCCGUUCCACCAAUCGAUAUGUGGCUAGCCUUUUCGAAGAUUAUCUCGAAGAUAAUGACGAGAGCUCUAUUGGCAAUCUCUAUGCAAACAGGGGUAGUGGUCGAGUUCGAUCUACAUUAACAUUGCUAAAAUUACGGAAGGGUGGAGGAUCAUUUAGAACAGUGGGACAGCGCCACAAGCAACAGUUGUUGUCGCUGAUGAACACGCUGUAUAUGACGCACCCUCACUUUGUUCGCUGUAUUGUUCCGAACCAUCGAAAACGCUCGGGAGAGAUACAGACAAAGCUUGUUUUGGAUCAAUUACGAUGCAAUGGUGUUCUUGAAGGCAUUCGUAUCUGUCGUACAGGUUAUCCAAACAGGCUUUCUUUUGCUGAUUUCAGAAAACGUUACGAAAUCCUUUGCCCAAACCUGUUGAAGCCCAAUUGUUUUAUUGACGGUCAGAGUGCAUGCCAAAGCCUUUUGGACGAUAUGGCCUUAGAUCAUGAGAAAUAUCGUAUUGGAGCAACAAAAGUAUUUUUCAAAGCAACUGUGUUGGCUGAAUUGGAAGAAAACCGCGAUAAAAAGCUUUCUGAAUACGUUAGUGGUUUCCAAGCCAUCUGCCGUCGUUAUAUGGCCAGAAACAAUAUCCGUCGCUAUGCAAGACAGACAGAAGCUAUCCGAGUUAUGCAGAAAAACGCAAGAAUAUAUGUGCAAUUACAUGAAUGGCCUUGGAGAAAGAUUUACGCCAAGCUCAAACCACUCAAUGUCGCAUACAGAGUAGAGUCUCAGAUAAAAGAAAAAGACCAAAAGAUUGCUACCCUUGAAACGCAACUUAAAGAAAACCAAGUACAAGUUAUUCAGCUGACAGAUCGAAACGAAGUACUUGCAACCCAACAUAUGGACUUUAAAGUACUGUUGAAGAAUGGCCAAUCGACAGUGCGUGAGCUAGAAGAGAGAAAACAAGAUCUGGCUGAUAAGUUAGCCUUAACAGAAGAGCGUAUGGAGGAAAUGGCUCAAACUGUAGAGGAAGUGCGUGACCAACUCGAUGCGAGUGAGCAAAAGACAAAGGCUCAGGCAGUAAUGAUUGCUAGAUUGCACCAAGAUAUUCUCGAAUGUAAUCAAGACAAUGAACGUUUGACCGAACAACACACUGCAUUUCAACAAACCUAUCAAACGCUAGUAUUCCAAGCAGAGACCAUGGAGAAUGCAAACAAGGUACUUUAUGGUGAAAAGGCUGAGCUUGAGGUUACAAUACGUGAAGUCAACUCCCGUCUGGCGGAACAAGUAUCAUUAGUUGAACAAUUCCGGAUACGAGAAAUGGAGUUCUUUGAAGAAAAGAAACGAGAAGCCGAGGCCAAGGUGAUUCUGGAGAGUGAAUACGAGAAACAAGUGGCCAGAGCAGACGAGGCGGAACAAACAUUAGCAACAAUGAUGGAAGAAAUGACACGGAUAAGAACAGCUCUGUCAGAGGAAAUUACAUUGCGCGAGGACUUGGAAAUGCGGUGUGGCGAAUUAGAGGAGCAUACAGAAGAACUCGAACAAAUGUUGGCCACUGAGUCCGGUCAACGCAAACAAGAAACCACAGAACACCAGAAUGAAUGGGAUGAACUGGCGAGACUGGUUCAAGCUGAAGCUGAAGAAACUAAAUUAAGAGCAGAAAGACUCGAACAAACCCUUGCAACUCUAAGGCAAAAGAGACCAAGUUCAUAA